AAUACAUUUUCAAUAAUACCAUAUCUCAAUAAUGUCUUGAUUUUCAAAGACCUAAACCUCGAACUUCGGUUUUUGUCACCGAGCUUAGUUAAAGUCCUAUCAAGGAAAGAGCCCAGCGCAGCAAUUCUAAACGAUCUGAAAGAAUACAUAAGGGCACUGUUUGAAACAGAUGGGCAACAACAAGUACAAGUAGUUCUCGUGUUUAUCACAAGGCAGAAGACGGCAAGUGAAGUGGUGUAAUUUUGUUCUAGAAAUGUCGUCCGCUACUAUAAAACUUGGACUCGGACGCAGUUUACUGCGUUUCGUUGCUAAGCGGGUGGAUGAUGGAUUGCUUAAAACAUCAUUUGCAGCACAGCAAAAAGACACGGAAGUUCAGUCUAAACGUGGCUACGCAGCACAUAACAGCGAUGCACCAUAUCAUAAAGAUGUUUUAGAGAGAUAUAUGAAGAACAACCCUCAACCCAAAGACAAAUCAAUAGCAACAUAUAUAUGGAUAGAUGGCACUGGAGAGGAGCUUAGAAGCAAGGCAAAGAUCGUUGAGAAAGAGAUAGAACGACCAGAGGAUUGUUCAGUGUGGAAUUAUGAUGGAUCCAGUUGCUACCAGGCAGAGGGUCAGGAUUCUGAUAUAUUUCUUCAUCCAGUAUCAGUCUUUCAAGACCCAUUCCUUAAUAACAAUAACAGAAUAGUGCUUUGUGAAACAUACAGAAGUAACGGAAAGCCUACAGAAAGUAACAAGAGAAAGUCAUGCUUGGAAGUAAUGAACAAGGUCAAGGAUGUACAUCCCUGGUUCGGUAUUGAACAGGAAUACACGUUACUAGAUUCAGAUAACCAUCCAUAUGGUUGGCCAAAGCAUGGUUAUCCAAAGCCCCAAGGUCCGUAUUACUGUGGCGUGGGAACCAAUAGGAUCUUCGGUCGAGCCAUAGCUGAAGCACAUCUGUUUGCCUGUCUUACAGCUGGUGUCGCAAAUACGGGGACUAACGCCGAAGUCAUGCCUGGACAGUGGGAGUACCAAGUAGGACCCGUUGAAGGAAUUGACAUGGGUGAUCAACUGUGGGUUUCAAGGUAUCUUUUGCACCGUGUAGCUGAGGAUUUUGGAAUUAUCGUUACUCUUGAUCCUAAGCCAGAGGACGGCGACUGGAACGGGGCAGGUGCUCACUGCAAUUUCAGUACAGAUGGAAUGAGAGCAGAAGGCGGAAUAAAAUACAUUAACGACGCCAUUGAAAAACUUGCCAAGCGACAUAUUGAGCACAUAAAGAUGUACGAUCCUAGGGGAGGGAAAGAUAACAUUCGGCGUCUCACGGGACUUCACGAGACGUCAAGUCCUACAACCUUCUCUGCCGGACUAGCCAACCGAGGUGCAAGCGUCCGUAUACCGAGACAAGUUGGUGUCGAUAAAAAGGGCUACCUGGAGGACAGACGUCCUUCAUCAAAUUGUGAUCCCUAUUCUGUAACCGAAAUAAUGAUCCGCACAUGUUGCUUGAACGAGUAAAGAUUAUAGGCAAACCCCCAAAUCGUUAUAUGAUGACAAUACCUGUGAAAUAUCGCCUGGAAAAUGACUGAUCGAUGAAUCAAUUUAACAACAGUGCUAUUGUACGAUAUCAAAAAAUCAAGAAUUUUAAGUCUAGGUAACAUGUAAAUGGAAAAUCAUUAUGAUUUUGGGAGAAGUGAAUACGUACUUUUACAAACAAGAGUGUCCAUUGCUGACAUAUUUAUACGAUUUAUAACAAAUUACAAUAUCUUAAUUCAAUACUCUUGGUUGAUAUUAUGACAUAUA